ACGACUGCAAAUUCUGUAAUGCGACAUGUCGGAAACAAGCUGGAUGAAAUGCGGCACUACUGAGCAAUACUUGAUAUUGUUUGGUUGUUGUUAAAAGAGAAACUGUCAUAUCAGGCUUCUACCCACGGGUUUGUCAAGUGGUCCUGCCCCAUAAAAAAAAAGCGAUGCUGGUCACCGUUUUCUGCGCACCGAGGGAUCGCCCAGAAACCACUUUCGCCCUCGAUGUGUCCCCAGAGCUGGAGCUGAGAGACUUUGUAGCACUUUGUGAACUGGAAUCAGGAAUCCCAGCUGGCGAAAUACAGAUCACAUAUGUAGAACAGCCCCUAAAAGACCCCACUCGUGCCUUGGGGACCUAUGGUGUUAAGGAUGGAGACGUGGUGGUUCUCAGGCAAGCUGACAGAAGGCCACCACCAACUCAGCCAGCCUUCCCGGGUCUGCCCCAUAUCGACUUUCGUUCCAUCACAGUCCCAGGCACCUCUUCUUCAACCAGUCAGGGUUGUGCCAUAAGGCCACAUCAGCAGGCUCCGCAGCAGGCUCCGCAGCAGACUCCUCAGCAGACUCCUCCUCUUCCGCAGCAGCAGCAGCAGCAGCAGCAGCAGCAGCAGCAGACUCCUCAGCAGCAGCAGCAGCAGCAGCAGCAGCAGCAACAGCAGCGUGCUUCACAACCUUCCACACCAAUGGCCUUUCGCGGGUCCUCUCCUCAGGGGCUGGAUGACCCUGCCUUACUCCAGCAGAUGCUAUUAUCCAAUCCACAUGAGCUUUCACUCCUGAAGGAGCGAAACCCACCACUUGCUGAGGCCCUUCUGAGCGGAGAUUUAGAGCGUUUCACCAAAGUGCUGUUGGAGCAACAGCAGGAUCGAGCCAGGAGAGAGCAAGAGAGGAUCCGACUUCUGACUGCUGAUCCUUUUGAUUUGGAAGCCCAAGCAAAGAUUGAGGAGGAUAUCAGGCAGCACAAUGUGGAAGAAAACAUGACCAUUGCAAUGGAGGAGGCCCCAGAGAGCUUUGGACAGGUGGUUAUGCUCUACAUUAACUGCAAAGUCAAUGGCCACCCUGUGAAAGCUUUUGUUGACUCAGGAGCUCAGAUGACCAUCAUGAGCCAAGCGUGUGCCGAGCGCUGCAACAUCAUGCGGUUGGUGGACAGACGCUGGGCCGGGAUUGCCAAGGGAGUGGGCACCCAGAAGAUCAUUGGCAGAGUUCAUUUGGCUCAGGUCCAGAUAGAGGGGGACUUCCUUCCUUGUUCUUUCUCCAUUUUGGAGGACCAACCGAUGGACAUGCUCCUUGGCCUGGAUAUGCUGAAGAGACACCAGUGUUCAAUUGACCUGAAGAAGAGCGUGCUUCUAAUAGGCACUACAGGCACUGAAACUCGUUUCCUGUCUGAGGCAGAGCUGCCAGAGUGUGCCCGACUUGCAUACGGAGCAGAGGGACGUGAAGACGCCCGUCCAGAUGAGAUAGCUGACAGAGAACUGGCAGAGGCACUUCAGAGGUCCAUACAAGAAAGCGGACAGCACUGAUGCAUUUGGAGACAGCUGGAGAGGGCCCUACCAACCAGACACUGCAGAUGGACAAACUACCUCACCACAGCCCCCACCAUUUACAUUACCCAGAACCUUAGACCAAAUGUCC